AUGCAAAGACGAUUGCCAGUAUCCGAGGAUGAAAAGAAGAUGACGCUGCGAUUCUUUUGGCUUCCAGUUGUGCACAACCCGAGACUUAGAUUGAUGGACCCGACAGUCUACCCAUCAAAUCUCAGCGGUGCCCCCAACAGAGCAAAAUUGUGGAACUACGAAACAAACACAGAGGUUUGCUCGGGAGACAUUAUCACGGUUACUACACAGGACCCUAAGAACAAUCCAUUGCCAUCCAUGGCACUUCUCGAGCUGCAAUGGUGUUUGACUCGGGUUCUGGCUCUAAGUGGCGCAGCGGAGUUCCCAAAUUGGGAAGCCUUUGAUGAUACAUCAGAAGAAGAGAAGGAACCUGAGGUGAAGCAGGAGAACCCAUCGGACGUGGUUCGUGAUAGCAUCGAAGAUGAGAUGGACUCGAACGAUCCGAACAAUCAAAACUGGACCCCAGAGGAUCUGCCGAGCCUGACCCCAUCCUCAGCGGAGGGGGAACGAGGAAGAAAGAGAGCGCGGGAUUCAUGA